GUGGGUGGGCGGGGCUUACGUUGUUUAAGGAAGACGUGAAAAGUGAAGUCUACUCGGGUUUUAUGAUACAUCUAUGAGCUUCACUACAUUAUAAGUCACUUUAUUUCAGCUAGUUUGACGACUGAAUUUAUGUUGUUUAAUGGAUUCAUUUGUUUUAAAUGUUUCAGACGGCACGUGGUCCUGAAACCUUAAGAGUAGGCUUGUUUUUUGGGAAACAGUGAAGAGCAGUCAUCAUCAUCAUCAUCAUCAUCAUCAUCAUGCUGCUCGAGUUGUUUUUUCUCACUUUGGCAUGUUUUUGCAUCGGGGAGUCAAAGAGCAGAAAUGUCCUUCUAAUAAUUGCUGAUGAUGCAGGUUUUGAGACGGAGGUAUAUAACAACUCUGUGGUCCACACGCCACACCUGCGCUCUCUGGCCAAGCGCAGCCUGGUGUUCAGCAACGCCUUCACCUCUGUCAGCAGCUGCUCCCCCAGCCGCUCCACCAUCCUCACUGGCCUGCCACAGCACCAGAAUGGCAUGUAUGGGCUUCAUCAGGGGGUCCAUCAUUUCAACUCAUUUGAUGGAGUUCAAAGUCUGCCGUUGCUCCUCAGCCAGGCUAACAUACACACAGGUAUAAUUGGAAAGAAGCACGUUGGUCCUGGAUCUGUAUACCCUUUUGAUUUUGCCUACACAGAGGAGACCAACUCUGUCCUCCAGGUGGGGAGGAACAUCACCCGAAUCAAACUCCUGGUUCGCAAGUUUUUUAAGACCCAUAAAGACGAAGCCUUUGAGCGAAGGCAAAAGAAAGAAGAGAAUAAAGGAGACAGAGAGGGUAUAAAAGAUGAAGAGAGGCCUUUUUUCCUGUAUGUUGCCUUCCAUGACACCCACCGAUGUGGACACUCGCAGCCCCAGUAUGGAGCUUUCUGUGAGAAGUUUGGGAAUGGUGAAAUGGGAAUGGGCAGAAUUCCUGACUGGACACCAGAAUAUUACACACCAGAACAAGUAAAGGUUCCUCCAUUUGUACCGGACACACCUGUAGCACGAGCUGACUUGGCUGCACAGUACACCACUGUUAGCAGGCUGGAUCAGGGUAUCGGAUUAGUUCUUCAGGAGCUCAGGGACGCUGGUUAUGAGAACGACACACUGGUCAUCUACAGCUCAGAUAACGGCAUCCCCUUCCCUAACGGCAGAACCAACCUGUAUCACUCCGGGACCGCAGAGCCCAUGCUGGUGUCCUCUCCAGAGCACAGAGAGCGAUGGGGAGACACCAGCCAGGCCUUCGUAAGCCUGUUAGACAUCACUCCCACCAUACUGGACUGGUUCUCUGUUCCCUACCCGUCCUACAGCCUCCCCGGCAGCCCUGCAGACCUGGUCCACCUCACCGGUCGCUCCUUACUGCCUGCUCUGGUCACUGAGCCCGGCAGCUGGCACACAGUCUACAGCAGCCAGUCCCUCCACGAGGUAACCAUGUACUACCCAAUCCGCUCUGUCCACCAGGGGGCCUACCACCUUCUCCACAACCUACACUACCGCAUGCCCUUCCCCAUCGACCAGGACCUGUAUGUGUCACCCACCUUCCAGGACCUGCUGAACCGCACGAGGCUGAGUCAGCCGACGCACUGGUUCAAAAGCCUGCAGCAGUAUUAUUACAGAGAGCGCUGGGAGCUGUACGACACCAGGACAGACCCGCUGGAAACGAGGAACCUGGCGUCAGACCCAUCCCUCAGCGCCGUGCUGGAGAGCCUGAGGCAGAGUCUGCAGAAGUGGCAGUGGGAGACGGGGGACCCCUGGGUCUGCGGACCAGAUUACGUCCUGGAGGACAAACUGGAGCCGCACUGCAGACCACUCUACAAUGGACUCUGAUAGACUCUGAUGGUACAUUCAUUCAUCUUGAUUGACAUGCUGGAUGCAUCAUGCGCACAUUUUACAUUAAAAAAUAAAUUAUGUUUAUUUGUUUUUUUUAUAUUUUUGUAUGUCAGUGCUGCUUUUAAUACUCAAAAAUAAAACAUUUUAAAUUCCAUUAAUUCAUAAUUCUGUUUUCAGUGUAGUAUCCUCCUUUUAUAUGAUACUGGAUAGUUUAUCAUUCAAAUCAGUGGUCUUUCUAAUCCGUUUCUAUACAUUAAAGGUACAUUUCCCAUCAUCCAGACCCCCUCG